AGAGGGACGCGGGCGGCAGAGCGCGAGAGGCGGCUGCUCGGCUGUGGGGCGCUUUGACUCUCCUUCCACCCAACCUCCUUGGACUCCUCUCCUCUGCCCUCUGGACUCCGGUCUCCUCGUGAUCCGCUGGCUGCCCAGAGCCCCCUCCUUAUGGCAGCAGCCCCCCGAGCCUCCGGCGCAGCUUCUCAGCGGACGACCCUCUCGCUCCCGGGGCUGGGCCGGGUCGCUGGAUGUUUCUGAAACUCUGGAGACCAUGCGCGGGUUUGGCCGCUGCUUCCCCGUCGGGUGCCACUGCCACCGCCGCCGCCCGUGCUGCCGCCGUCCGCGGGAUGCUCAGUAGCCCGCUGCCCGGCCCCCGCGAUCGCGUGUUCUUCGGAAGCCGUUUGCUACUGCAGAGUUGCGCGAACUAGUCAUGGUGCUGUGGGAGUCCCCGCGGCAGUGCAGCAGCUGGACACUUUGCGAGGGCUUUUGCUGGCUGCUGCUGCUGCCGGUGAUGCUACUCAUCGUAGCCCGCCCGGUGAAGCUCGCGGCUUUCCCUACCUCCUUAAGUGACUGCCAAACGCCCACCGGCUGGAACUGCUCCGGUUAUGAUGACAGAGAAAAUGAUCUUUUCCUCUGUGACACCAACACCUGUAAAUUUGAUGGGGAAUGUUUAAGAAUUGGAGACACUGUGACUUGCGUCUGUCAGUUCAAGUGCAACAGUGACUACGUGCCUGUGUGUGGCUCCAAUGGGGAGAGCUACCAGAAUGAGUGCUACUUGCGGCAGGCUGCCUGCAAACAGCAGAGCGAGAUACUUGUAGUGUCUGAAGGAUCAUGUGCCACAGAUGCAGGAUCAGGAUCUGGAGAUGGAGUUCAUGAAGGCUCAGGAGAAACCAGUCAAAAGGAGACUUCAACCUGUGAUAUUUGCCAAUUCGGUGCAGAAUGUGAUGAAGAUGCUGAGGAUGUCUGGUGUGUGUGCAAUAUCGACUGUUCUCAAACCAACUUCAAUCCCCUCUGUGCUUCUGAUGGGAAAUCUUAUGAUAAUGCAUGUCAAAUCAAAGAAGCAUCAUGUCAGAAACAGGAGAAAAUUGAGGUCAUGUCGUUGGGUCGAUGUCAAGAUAACACAACUACAACUACUAAAUCUGAAGAUGGGCAUUAUGCAAGAACGGAUUAUGCAGAGAAUGCGAACAAGUUAGAAGAAAGUGCAAGAGAACACCACAUACCUUGCCCAGAACAUUUCAAUGGUUUCUGCAUGCAUGGGAAGUGUGAACAUUCUAUCAAUAUGCAGGAGCCAUCUUGCAGGUGUGAUGCUGGUUAUACUGGACAACACUGUGAAAAAAAGGACUACAGUGUACUGUAUGUUGUUCCCGGCCCUGUACGAUUUCAGUAUGUCUUAAUCGCAGCUGUGAUUGGGACCAUUCAGAUUGCUGUCAUCUGUGUGGUGGUUCUCUGCAUCACAAGGAAAUGCCCCAGAAGCAACAGAAUUCACAGACAGAAGCAAAAUACAGGGCACUACAGUUCAGACAACACAACAAGAGCAUCCACGAGGUUAAUCUAAAGGGAGCAUGUUGCACAGUGGCCGGACUUCUGAGAGCUGGGACUACACAAUACAGUAUUAUAGACAAAAGAAUAAGACAAGAGAUCUACACAUGUUGCCUUGCAUUUGUGGUAAUCUACACCAAUGAAAACAUGUACUACAGCUAUAUUUGAUUAUGUAUGGAUAUAUUUGAAAUAGUAUACAUUGUCUUGAUGUUUUUUCUGUAAUGUAAAUAAACUAUUUAUAUCACACAAUAUAGUUUUUUCUUUCCCAUGUAUUUGUUAUAUAUAAUAAAUACUCAGUGAUGAGAAAAAA